CUCUCUGAUAAAGUGAGGAAAAAGGUUCAAGCUGCCUUCCCAGUUUUUGAGGUUGAGGGCGGAGGGAGAGUUCAUGCCCCCGUCGAGUACACCCAAAUUAAGGAUCUAGCAGAGGCGGUUAGAAAAUAUGGUGUAAAUGCCAAUUUUACUCUAGUAAUGCUAGAAAGGUUUGCUGGUGUGGCUAUGACACCCGCUGACUGGCAAAUGUUGGCUAAGGCAGCGCUCCCUACCAUGGGUCAAUACAUGGAAUGGAAGGCGCUAUGGCAUGAGGCUGCACAAGCUCAAGCCAGGGCAAACGCUGCUGCACUGACCCCCGAGCAGCGAGAUUGGACCUUUGAUAUGUUAACAGGCCAGGGCCCAUUUGCCGCUGAUCAGACGGCUUUCCCAUGGGGUGCUUAUGUUCAAGUUUCUAGCACUGCCAUUAAGGCUUGGAAGGCACUCCCCAAAAAAGGGGAAGCUUCUGGACAACUUACUAAGAUCAUUCAGGGACCUCAGGAACCAUUCUCAGAUUUUGUGGCUCGAAUGACAGAAGCAGCGGGGCGCAUCUUUGGGGACCCUGAUCAGGCUGUGCCUCUUGUUGAACAACUGAUUUUUGAGCAGGCGACCCAGGAAUGCCGCGUGGCCAUAGCGCCCAGAAAAGGUAAAGGUGUACAGGAUUGGCUCAGAGUUUGUCGAGAACUCGGGGGACCCCUGACCAAUGCAGGGCUGGCAGCUGCCAUCCUCCAGUCGCAGAGACUGCCUAGACAGGGACAGCCAAGACAGGGGCGGAACCAGAGAGUUUGUUUUAAAUGCGGUCAACCGGGACAUUUAAAAAAGGAUUGCCUGAGCCCCAGAAGG